AUGUCUAAAGCCGUUGGUAUUGAUUUAGGUACAACCUACUCCUGUGUGGCUCACUUCAGUAAUGACAGAGUCGAAAUUAUUGCUAAUGAUCAAGGUAACAGAACCACUCCAUCUUUCGUGGCCUUCACUGACUCUGAAAGAUUGAUUGGUGAUGCCGCAAAGAAUCAAGCUGCUAUGAACCCCGCCAAUACCGUUUUCGACGCUAAGCGUUUGAUCGGUAGAAAAUUUGACGAUGCUGAAGUCCAAGGUGAUAUUAAGCACUUUCCAUUUAAGGUUGUUAACAAGGGUGGAAAGCCUCAAAUUGAAGUUGACUUCAAAGGUGAAACCAAGGUAUUCACUCCAGAAGAAGUUUCUUCUAUGAUUUUGACCAAGAUGAAGGAAACCGCUGAAUCUUUCUUGGGUGCUACCGUUAACGAUGCCGUUGUCACCGUGCCAGCCUACUUUAACGAUUCCCAAAGACAAGCCACCAAGGAUGCUGGUUUGAUUGCUGGUUUAAACGUCUUGAGAAUCAUUAACGAACCAACUGCUGCUGCCAUUGCUUACGGUUUGGAUAAGAAGGACGAACAAGAAAAGAACGUUUUGAUCUUUGACUUGGGUGGUGGUACUUUCGAUGUAUCUUUGUUAUCCAUUGAAGAUGGUAUCUUUGAAGUCAAGUCCACUGCUGGUGACACUCACUUGGGUGGUGAAGAUUUCGACCACAGAUUGGUUAACCACUUCAUCAACGAAUUCAAGAGAAAGAACAAGAAGGAUUUGGCCGGUAACCAAAGAGCCUUGAGAAGAUUGAGAACCGCUUGUGAAAGAGCCAAGAGAACUUUAUCAUCUUCUGCUCAAACCUCCAUCGAAAUCGACUCCUUGUACGAAGGUAUUGACUUUUACACUUCUAUCACCAGAGCCAGAUUCGAAGAAUUGUGUCAAGAUUUAUUCAGAUCUACUUUGGACCCUGUCGAAAAAGUUUUGGUUGAUGCCAAGGUUGACAAGUCUCAAGUUGACGAAAUUGUCUUGGUUGGUGGUUCUACCAGAAUUCCAAAGGUGCAAAAGUUGGUUUCUGACUUUUUCAACGGUAAGGAACCAAACAAGUCUAUUAACCCAGAUGAAGCUGUUGCUUACGGGGCUGCUGUUCAAGCCGCUAUCUUGUCCGGUGACACUUCUUCUAAGGUUCAAGACUUGUUGUUGUUGGAUGUUGCUCCAUUGUCCUUGGGUAUUGAAACUGCCGGUGGUAUCAUGACCAAAUUGAUCCCAAGAAACUCUACCAUUCCAACCAAGAAGUCUGAAACUUUCUCUACUUAUGCUGACAACCAACCAGGUGUGUUGAUUCAAGUGUUUGAAGGUGAAAGAGCCAAGACUAAGGACAACAACUUGUUGGGUAAGUUUGAAUUGUCUGGUAUUCCACCAGCUCCAAGAGGUGUUCCACAAAUUGAAGUUACCUUCGACAUGGAUGCCAAUGGUAUUUUGAAUGUUUCUGCCGUUGAAAAGGGUACUGGUAAGACUCAACAGAUUACCAUCACCAAUGACAAGGGUAGAUUAUCUAAGGAAGAUAUCGAAAGAAUGGUUAACGAAGCCGAAAAAUACAAGGAUGAAGAUGAAAAGGAAGCUAACAGAGUUCAAGCCAAGAAUGGUUUGGAAUCUUAUGCCUACUCUUUGAAAUCCUCUUUGGGUGAAGAACAAUUGAAGAGUAAAUUAGACGCUGCUGAAAUUGAAGAAGUCACUAAGGCUGCUGACGAAACCAUCCAAUGGUUAGAUGCUAACCAAACUGCCACUCAAGAAGAAUUUGCUGACAAACAAAAGGAAUUGGAAGGAAAGGCCAACCCAAUCAUGGCUAAGGCUUACCAAGGUGGUGCCGCUCCCGGUGGUGCUGCUCCAGGUGGAUUCCCAGGUGCUGCCCCAGGUGCUGAAGCCAACGAUGGACCAACUGUUGAAGAAGUUGAUUAA